AUGGUGGUGUUUGCGCCGACUUAUGACUGCGUUGAGUUUGUCAACGAAUACUUAUGUUCCCUCAUUCCCGGCAAAGAGAAGUUGUACCUCAGUGCGGAUAGUAUGUGCAAGGAUGAGAUGAGUUCGGAAGAGAAUGCUCAAAUUUAUACGACCGAAUUCCUCAGCACCGUGUCUUGCUCCGGUCUCCCUUCACAUAGGCUGAAACUCAAGGAAAAUGUUCCUGUUAUGCUCAUACGAAACAUCGACCAGGCGAGAGGCCUUUGCAAUGGAACCAGACUUCAAGUUGUUAGAAUGGGAACUCAUGUUCUUAGCUGCAAGGUUCUAUCCGGCAAAAAUACCGGUGAUGUUGUUUUCAUUCCUCGAAUGACGUUGGACCCGUCGAACUCUACUCUGCCAAUUAAGUUCCAGAUGCGACAAUUUCCACUGAUGAUUUCCUUUGCAAUGACCAUCAACAAGAGUCAGGGUCAAACACUUUCCCACGUUGGUUUGUAUCUACCCAAACCUGUAUUCAGCCAUGGUCAGUUGUACGUUGCACUCUCGAGAGUCAAGAGUAGAUCUGACAUAAAGAUCCUAAUCAAGUCCGAAUCCGGUGGGUUGUCGAGUUCAACUAGCAACGUUGUUUACAAAGAAGUUUUCAUGGCUAAGAUGAUGACGUCACUGGCGAGAGCAAUGGGGUUGAUGGUGGCUCAGCCGGCGGCGACAGUCACUACGGUGUUGUAUUACAGUGACUUACUUCCUCGGAGCGUUGACUUUGACCGAUACAGAAACACUGAUAUGGGGAAAUACGGAAAUGGAUAUGGAGAAACUCCAUUUUCCAAAAAGUUGGAUACGAUAAAAUGGGGAAAUGCGUGA